AUGAAAGAAGAUAUAAAGGAGAAACUAUUUGAUUGGAAGGCAGACACUGAGAGAAAAGCCGAUGAAGCUGGCAAAGCUGUCACACGCAACCUGGAUAGCAGUCAGCAAAAAGUGGCUGACGUGAAACGAGAGUUGCAUUGUCAAAAGGGAUCAAAUUCUCAUGGUGGCAAGGAGUCGCAUCUCUCUCCCGAGGAUCAGAAAGUGUUGGAAGAAACUAAAGAAAAUCUUGAGAAUAUUUUCAAUGAUGCAAAGAAUAAGGCAAAUGGAGUGAUUGACAAUGCAGCUGGGAGACUAGCGAAAUUCAGAGCAGAGAUUGAGAAAUCAAAUAAGGCAGGAAAUGAUGCUGCUUUGCGUGCACUUGCUGAAGCCCAGAAGAAGGCAAACGAUCUUAAAGGUGAAGUGUCCAAGAAUGUGGCCGCUUGGAAGAAGGAAGUUGGAGGAAUCGCAUCAGGCGUCAAGAACUCAGGUGUUAACGCGCUAACCGAUGCUGAGCGUAAAGCAGCCGAAAUGCAGGCUGCUGCUGGAGGUCAGCUGAAUGGAUUGAAGAAUGAUGUUGAGAAAAACCUUGCACAGGCUAAAGACUCCCUUUCGCGUGUGAUUGACGAUGCUCAACGCAGGGCUGGCGAAAAGGAGGGUGAAACUGCUGCGAAAUUGGCUGCUCUGAAGACAGAAGCUGAGCAGGCAGCUGCGAAAGCCAACGAAGCUUCUAUGAAUGCACUUGACGAUGCACAGCGGAAUGCCGCUCACCUUAAGGAUAAGACUGCCCAACACCUAACAGGUUGGAAGACUGAAGCCGAGAGAAUAGCUUCGCAAACCGAAAAUACAUCUUGUAAGGCGCUCGAUGAUGCACAAAGAAAAGCAGAAGCCAUUCGAAAUGAUGCAUUAAAGGAUGCUGAUGCAACUAUCGCCACCGCUCAGGUUAAGGCUAACCAGAUGAAGAUGGAUGCUGAGAAGGCUGCCUCAUGUGCUAGCUACAUUCUCGAUGCGAAAAUGGCUAAGGUUCAAGAGAAAGCUGAAGAGCUGAAAAAAGAAGCUAACAAGGCUGCUGAUGAAGCCAACGAAUUUGUUCAGGUACAUCAUGAAAAGAAGGUUGAGAUUAAAGAGAUUAAAGAAGGAGUAGGUUGAAC